UCCUUACAAGUCAGCUUGAAUCACUCAAGCUGACAAAACUGAUAGGUCUUCAUAUUCUCGUAAACAACAAAGUGUGUUUCUCAAAUCAUGUCUAUCAUGGACAUCCCUUGGGUGUCCUCGAAACGACGGUGUACCCUACUACUCACUCUUUUCUUCAUCCUUUUCAUUGUUCCGGUCAGUUAUGGUCGAAUUGAACAAUGCCCUGUAGAGACGGAAUGUAUGUGCCUCUCACUUCGCAUGGUAAAUCCGACUGUCAUUGUCCGAUGCAAUCGCUUGCUCAUCAAGGAAUUCCCAACCAUGCUGCAUAAGGUUCUAGUAUUCUCUGCUUUCCAGACAAAAGCUACGACAUUAACCCACAGAUCGUUCCGCAAUGCUACUAGCCUGGGUAUGAUCAACAUCGAAGAUAAUCCUAUCACCAGUAUCGAGGCGGGAUGCUUGAGUCUUCUACCAAACCUAGAAAUUCUUAAACUGGCAAAGGUCACCUUGAAAGAUACAUCCGAAUUGCACGGGCUUCGAACAUUGAUAAAACUAUCACUAAGUGACAACUUCUUGAAUAAUUUUACAACAGGAUCUUUGCUUGAUGUCCAACAACUCGAUGUAUUGGAUCUCGAUGGAAAUUUCAUAAAUUCAUUCACAUUUAGUCACGACAAAUUGAAAAAGCUGAAUCUGAGUCGGAACAACUUCAAGAUGGUUCACAAAGAGUCGUUCAAAGACCUGAGCAUGCUAGAUACGUUGGAUCUCUCAAAGAACUUUAUUACCUAUCUUACCAAUGUUGUAUCCCAAAGUCUACAGUCACUGUACGUGGCUUUUAACCAGAUCGAACAAAUAGAUGGAGCUAUGUGGCAAGAUGUUCCAGCAUUGAAAACCCUUGAUGUGUCCAACAAUCAGAUCAAUGAUCUCACAAAUAUCUCGGGGAUUCCCUUCCUAGAGAAUCUGAACGCCAGCAACAAUCUGGUUGAGGAUCUGAACAGCUUACAUGCUUCAGAGACACUACGCCACCUAAAUCUCAGUCAUAAUAGGAUCACAUAUCUGAGCGAAAUGUCCGACUUCCCUUUGUUGGAAACGCUCCGCUUGGCAGAAAAUGCGAUAGAAUAUUUGGACGGCAGUGCUCUUGGAAAUAGCCCACUGCUGACGUAUUUGUCUCUAGAGGGUAAUAAGUUAACAGAACUGGGACCUCUUAGCAACAACCCUCGUCUUGUUUCUCUCUUUCUCCAAAACAAUAAGAUAGAGAAUAUACAAGUAGGUUCUUUCACUCAUUCUGUAAGUCUUAAGAACGUCGAUGUAGGGUCUAACAAGCUAAGUGACCUACAGGCGUUCAAGAGUAUGCCAUCGUUGGCCUAUCUAAAUGCAUCUGAAAAUAUGAUUCGGGAAAUACAUGUACAAAGUCUACGAGGCUGUAUGAAAUUGUCUAUACUUGAUCUGAGUAAAAACUUUUUAGAGGCAUUUCCCAAUUUUCCGCUGUUAUAUUGGCCAUUCGAGUUAUAUUUGGAUUUCAACCCUAUUCGUAUAUUCGAGUGGGACAAAUUGCAGAAUUUGAUUUCCUUGCGUCGACUGUCGUUGAACGGAACGUCGAUCACUUAUUUACCACCUAACAGGCGAAUCAUCCCCAUCACCCAUAUUUCGAUAAAGAAUGACAACGGCUCUGUGCAAAUUGCAAAUGACGCUCUGUCUUCUCUUGUUAGUUUGACUAGCUUAUCGGUACGUAAUGCAGAAGAUGUGUCUCCACAGAUUUUCACAACGGCUCAUAAUCUUAAAAGGCUGGAACUUCGCUCAGGGUAUAUAUCGGUGAUCUCAACUGAUUGGCAGUUCGUGUCUCUUGAAUACAUCGAUCUCUCAAGGAACCAGAUAGAAAAAAUAGAAAUUGGCGAGGUAUCCAUGGCAAGGCUGAAGAAUGUGAUCCUAACACACAAUCUCAUCCCCAACAUCUCUUUCGUGAAUCACAUUCCAAAUAUUGUAGAACUCAACCUACGACAUAAUCGAAUUAGGCAUAUUCCAAAGGAUACAUUUAUAUUGUGUUCCAAGCUUACCGUGCUUGACUUAUCAUACAACCUGAUCGAGAAGGUCAUUAUCGGAACGUUUGAUGCACAUCGAUCAAUCAGGAAUCUGUACCUUUCUUACAAUAUGCUCACUAAUUUCUCCCUCGCGUUUGAUGAAUACACAGAGAGUAGUCACAUGUUUAAGUCCAUCAGUGUAGUUCACCUUGAUGGGAAUCGCAUAACUGCGAUUGAUUCUAUGACUUUCAAAAGUUGCCAGUAUAGUCUAUUCGCACUAAACAUGUCUUACAACCCACUCAGAUUUAUAAACGAAACAACGUUUCAUUCAUUCUCUGGCAUACGGUCUGUUGAUUUCUCACAUACAGAUAUACAAAUGAUUCCGAAGGGACUAUUCCAAAGUAUUAAUAGCUUUGUGAGUCCAGAUGUAAUGUUGAAUAACGUGACAUGUCUAAAGGGCACAGAUAGCAUAAGUCUGUCUUAUCCUGAGGAAAAGAUUGUCAAUAGACUUGAACUGAGACACAACAAUUUAACCAAAAUUCCAAGUUUCAAUACCAGCACAGUCUUUGAGCUCGAUGUAUCUCACAACGAAUUGUCAGGUGAUUAUUUCGGAAAUGUGAGUGGAACACGAGAUCUGAAGGUCCUGGAUUUGAGUAAUAACAACAUUGAUGCACUGGAUGGAGGUUUCAUUCAUACCUUCUCAUUUCUGAAGCACUUGAAUGUAAGCAGUAAUAAUCUGCAGAGGUCCAAUAUUAACCUGUUUGACAGUCUGCAUGAUUUGGAAACGAUUGAUCUCACCAACAACAAGUUGGAUGGUGUUGAGAUGAAGACAACGGACGGCCUCAAGUCCAAUAUCCGAAUCAAUUUGACCGGGAACCCCAUCCAGUGUAAUUGCUCUCUGGUAAAAUUUAUUCAACAUUUGAAACAAAAUCAAGGACUCUUUGGUGACGAUCUCCCAGAAGGUGACGUGGAGUGUCAGAAACCGUUGAGACUUUUGGGAGAAUACGUUGCUGACGUGCCUCCAGAACAUUUUCAGUGUAAACCGGAACUAAACCCUUCCAAGUCUGUAGCCUACGCUGCGACAGGAGAUCAGGUAAGCUUGGAGUGUCCAUUGCGUGAUCUCAAUGGUGUCAACGUAACAUGGGUGAACAUGGAAGAAGAGCUCCAAAAUGGUACAAAUAUACAAGUAUCUACAGAUGACCGACUGCUGAUCAAACAAAUAACAAACAGGGACUAUAGAGGUUACCAGUGCAAUGCAACAAACUAUGAAGGUUCGGCACUUUUGACUGUCGACCUUCAUGUACGUAUCAACAUCCCCACCAAUGACACAUUUCGCAAUAUCGUUGGCAGAGGGGCAACCAUUAAGCCUACCCAAAGCGUCAUGAUUGAUACUCAAGUUAGCAUGGAGACAUUGGCAUUCGGUGAUGUCAGUCAUGAUCCUGGAGCUAAAAGGCAAACAUCAGACGGGGAAAUUUCCACAUCGACGUCUUCAGAGAACUCCGAGGCCAUUCACGCAGAAUUGUCGAUGUUUUGUGUCGUGUUCAAUAUUAUGAUAUUGUUCACUAUAUAAUAUGAAACUCACUUCAUCAAAAAAAAAUCUUUAAAAGACAACGGAUAUGAACAGAUCAUUUAAUUCAUAGCUGGUAUAAAUAUAA